GGCGGGCGGUCCCGCGGUCCCCCCGCUGCGGCCAUGGCGGCGGCCGGCGAGGGCCCGUCCGUGCUGUUCCUGCACCCGGACCUGGGGCUGGGCGGCGCGGAGCGGCUGGUGGUGGACGCGGCGCUGGCGCUGCAGGCGCGGGGCUGCCGGGUGCAGAUCUGGACGGCGCACUACGACGCUGCGCGCUGCUUCGCGGAGACGCGGGGGCUGGCGGUGCGCAGGGCCGGCGGGUGGCUGCCGCGCAGCCUGUGGGGCCGCGGGCAGGCGCUGUGUGCCGCCCUGCGCAUGGCCUUCGUGGCGCUGUACGUCCUGCUGCUCAGCGGCGAGCCGGCCGACGUCUUCGUCUGCGACCAGGUGUCUGCUUGCAUUCCAGUACUUCGGCUGGCCAGAACCCGUAAGAAGGUUUUAUUUUACUGUCACUUUCCUGAUCAGCUUCUUACCAAGAGAGAAUCUCUCCUGAAGCGCAUCUACAGAUUACCGCUCGACUGGCUGGAAGAGUACACAACUGGCAUGGCAGACUGUAUUGUUGUGAACAGCAGGUUCACUGCUGGUGUGUUCAAGGACACGUUUAAGUCCUUAUCUCACAUAAACCCAGAUGUCCUCUACCCAUCGCUCAACAUCAGUAGCUUUGAUACAGCAUGUGCUGCAGACAUAGCUGACCUGGUACCAAAGAAGAAGUUCUUGUUUCUUUCCAUUAAUAGGUACGAGAGAAAAAAGAAUCUGAUGUUGGCUCUCGAAGCUUUGCAUGAGCUUCGAGGAAGACUUGAUUCUCAUGAGUGGAAUGAAGUUCACUUGGUUAUGGCAGGUGGUUAUGAUAAACGAGUUCUGGAAAAUGUGGAGCACUAUGAAGAGCUAAGGAGACUUGCAGCCAAGCUUCGUGUUAACGACCACAUCACUUUUUUGAGAUCAUUCUCAGAUGAGCAGAAAAUCACUCUUUUUAGUAACUCUAUAUGUGUGCUUUAUACACCAAGCAAUGAACAUUUUGGCAUUGUUCCUCUGGAAGCAAUGUACAUGAGAUGUCCAGUUAUAGCAGUUAAUUCAGGCGGUCCUUUGGAAUCGAUCUUGCAUAAUGUUACAGGAUUUUUGUGUGAUCCUCUGCCAACGCAAUUCUCUGAGGCCAUGGAAAAAAUUGUGAGAGAUCCUCUCUUAAAGGACACAAUGGGAGCAGCUGGGAGAGCCAGAGUUAUGGAAAAAUUUUCCUUGGAAGCAUUCACAGAACAGCUGUACCAAUACAUAUGCAGAUUAACACAAUAAAAUUGUAUUCCCAUAUUA